UGCUAAGCGAAAAGACCGUAACUGACAAAAUUAAGGAAUUUGAGGUUAGAGGUGAUUUUUAUGUUAUUGACAACGAGGAAUCCAAAAAAAUAAGCUAAAAGACCGUAUCUACAACAGUUUUUGAGAUAAUCAAUAUGAAAUAUACCGUAACUACACUUCAAUUCUGAAUUUCUAAGCCAAAACACCGUAUCUACUAUGUCUAAGCAAAAUAAACGUAUGUGCGGUGCAGAUACGGUUGUUUUGCUUAGUCUCGUGCAGAUACUGUUUUCUUGCUUAGAAUAUCUAUUACGUCACAUGUAGUUACCCAUUUGGAUUAACUUUUGAGACGUGUGCAAUUAAGCUUGACUUUGUUAAUAGUGUAACAUUACAGUGUAAAAUGACAUCAAAAAACGCAAAAUGAAUAACUAAUAACUAUUAUACCUCAGCUGAUUAAGCCGUAAUAUAACCUCAAAACAAAAUUGUUUAGGUUUGAAGUGAAUUUCUUUAUAAGCUCUGAAUUUGUGAUUGGACUGUGAGUUUGAAACCUUGAGAAGAAGUGUUUGAUUCAGAUGGUUUAAAAUGGGUUAUACAUGUAAUGUGUGUAAGAAAUCAUUUUCUAGAUGCGCAUUUUUAGUUCAUAACUCUGACAGCAAAUGCAAUCCUGCCCCUAAGGAAGUUUUGCCAGUUAGGCCUAGGCCUAGUACAUCAACAUCGUUUGAGCAAGUAGAACAGUCUCUGCCAUCUACUUCUAGUAAUGCAGAUCCAAGCGCUCCUACAGUUCUUCAAAACGGAUCACUUUUUAUGGUCGUCCACUUGAACAAUGAGGAAACACGUAGUAGGCCUUAUGCUAAUUUAACAGAAGUUGAUAUCAGACAUGAAGAGUCUACGACAACUACAGAUAAUAAAAAGAGCUAUGAAUCAAAUGAAGACAAUGCCAGUGAUUUUAUUGAAGAUUUGUUUGAUUUAUUGCCUGAAGCGGCAGAAGAACAACAGCUACAGAAUGUCGACGUGCUGUUUGACAUAGCUCCAGAUUUGGUAGAAAAUGUUGCCAUUGUAGUUGAACAAGUCAACCCAAUAGAAGUAGCGCCAACAGAGGAACACCAGCAGAUGGAGACAGCAGAGUCGAACUUAGAACAUAAUAAUACAGCUGCUUUGCUCGAGGAAACAGAUGAAGCUCCUAAAGGGUUCACCAAAAAUGGGAACCCGAGGAAAAGAGCUGCGCCGAGGUGUAAAGAAGACAUUAAAUCAAAACGUGAAAAAAAUAAAGAUAAACAUGCACUUCAGCCCCCAUGUAAUAAUACAUGUAAAAGAAAAUGCACGACCAAACUUACAGAACACAGAAGAAUGAAAAUCCACGAACACUUUUGGGCUAUGGAGGAAAAUGAGAGAAAAGUUUUUAUUUUAGGGCACAUUGAUAAAAGCAAAGUUAAAAGGAAAACACACCCAGAGGAAGAAUCAAGGAGGGGAAAAACAUUCUUUUACUUCCUUACAGACAGUGACGGAGCAAGAAAGAUGGUUUGUAAAACAUUUUUUCUUAUCCACACUCGGCUACAAAAAAAACAAUGA